GUUUUAUUUACCGAAAGACAUCGAACAGAGGCCAUCCCUACGGUGAAUGUGAGAGAACGAGAAAAUGGUGCAUUCGUCGAUCAAACCGGGCCACACAUCCGAAGCCAGAAAUUAAAUUAACCACCAUUUUGUUUAUUUUCGCGUAAAUAAUUAUAAUACUGGAUACUUUAGUGAACAUUUUUACUCGGCCGUAUAAUGCAGUAAUCGAUUCAUUCUGGCGAUGCUUAAAAUAUUAGGAAUGUGCUAUUAGCGUACCAGCGACGUCGGGCCCUUGUGUUGAUCUUUGCAGACGGCCGCGCCGCUUAUAAACGUUACUUCGGCGCAGAGCGCUCUAAUAUCAGAAAACAGCAGUGCAAGACGAAAGGAUUGAGAGCAAACGAAGUGGCCCGUUGCGAUUCUGUCAACGACUCCUCAGGAAAUCCAAAGGGAGCGAUCCCCUGGUAGGAAAUAUCGAAGAGUCGUGGGCGAGAGUCCCCCGUGGCGCGCCCGGCUAACAUGAACCACACGUCUGCUGCGGACAGGCAGCACGACACUAAUGUAAACCAAGUGGAGGAGAUGGAGACACAAGACGUGGAGACCGUAGAUACCGCCACAGAUAAGGAUUGCGACGAGACGGAGACUCUUCUUAUGAAAUGGUCCACUGAUCAGGUAGUCAUGAGUGAGGUUAUGAAGAACCAGGAGACAACAUCUACAGCUAUGGUUCAAGACACCGAAAUGGAAGACGACGAAGCGCGGUCCGAAGCGACCUUCCGCUACACAGUGCAGAAUUUCCGUAGCCUCAAGGACUCGGUACUGUCCCCACCCUGCUACGUGCGCAACCUGCCCUGGAAGAUUAUGGUGAUGCCCCGGCAGGCACCCUCGCCCGACCGCCAGCAGCAGAAGUCACUCGGCUUCUUCCUGCAGUGCAACGGGGAGAGCGAGUCUUCCAGCUGGUCAUGUUACGCCAUGGCGGAGUUGAGACUCAUCUCGCAUAAGCCGGACUGUGAACCGUUUUUUAGGAAGAUACAGCAUUUGUUCUACAGUAAGGAGAAUGAUUGGGGCUUCUCCCACUUCAUGGCGUGGAACGACGUCCUGGACCCGGAGAAGGGCUACAUCAAGGACGACGCCAUCACCCUCGAGGUGCACGUGACGGCGGAGGCGCCCCACGGCGUGUCGUGGGACUCCAAGAAACAUACCGGCUAUGUUGGCCUCAAGAACCAGGGUGCGACUUGCUACAUGAAUUCCCUGCUGCAGACCCUAUACUUCACCAACCAACUGAGAAAGGCAGUCUACAAAAUGCCCACGGAGUCGGACGAUAGUACAAGAUCCGUCGCCUUAGCGCUGCAGCGAGUAUUCUACGAGCUCCAGUUCUCGGACAAGCCCGUCGGGACCAAGAAGCUGACGAAGAGCUUCGGCUGGGAGACCCUGGACUCCUUCAUGCAGCAUGACGUCCAGGAGUUCCUUAGGGUUCUACUCGACAAAUUGGAGAGCAAAAUGAAGGGCACGUGCGUGGAGGGCACGGUGCCCCGCCUGUUCGAGGGCAAGAUGACGUCGUACAUCAAGUGCAAGAACGUGAACGUGUCGAGCACGCGCGUCGAGACGUUCUACGACAUACAACUGAAUAUAAAGGGGAAGAAGAACAUCGACGAGUCGUUCAAAGACUACAUCAGCACGGAGAUGCUGGACGGAGACAACAAGUACGACGCGGGCGAGCACGGGCUGCAGGAGGCGGAGAAGGGGGUGAUUUUCGCCUCCUUCCCCCCCGUGCUGCAUCUGCAUCUCAUGCGGUUCCAGUACGACCCCAUCACGGAUAGCUCCGUCAAGUUUAACGAUAGGUUCGAAUUCUACGAGCACAUCAACCUGGACGCGUACCUGCAGGAGAAGCCCGAGACGCCGGCCGACUACACGCUGCACGCCGUGCUCGUGCACUCUGGCGACAACCACGGCGGGCACUACGUCGUCUUCAUCAACCCUAAGGGGGACGGCAAGUGGUGCAAGUUCGACGACGACGUGGUAUCUCGCUGCACGAAGCAGGAAGCCAUUGAGUACAACUACGGAGGCCACGACGAGGACAUGGCCCUCACCGUGCGCCAUUGCACCAACGCCUACAUGUUGGUUUAUAUUAGGGAUUCUCAAUUAAAAACAGUGUUGCAAGAAGUAACUCAACCAGAUAUUCCAUCUGAGCUUAGCGAGAGACUGGCAGAGGAGAAACGAAUUGAAACUAUCCGUCGGAAGGAGCGCAACGAGGCGCAUCUGUACAUGACGGUGAACGCGGUGCUGGAGGACGACUUCGACGGGCACCAGGGCAACGACCUGUACGACCCGGAGCGUGCGCAUUACCGCGCCUUCCGCGUGCGCAAGCAGGCCACCGUCGCUGAGCUCAUGGAGAUGCUGGCUGAGAACUUCCGUUAUCCGCAGAAGCAUCUCCGCCCGUGGCCGUUCAGUGCGCGCUCUAAUCAGACUUGCAGACCAACCUGCCUAGACAUAAUCAACGAUCAACACAAGACCGUAGCAGACGUGUCAGAGAACACCAACCCCUGGAACAUCUUCCUCGAGAUGCUGCCCCCGGACUCCGGCCUCAGCACCCUGCCCACGUUCGACAAGGACAACGAUGUGGUGCUGUUCUUCAAGUUCUAUGAUCCGAAGCAGAAGAGGAUCCAUUAUUGCGGACACCACUAUUUGCCGAUUGCGAGCAAGCUGCCCGAUCUCAUACCGAUACUCAAUAAACGCGCUGGUUUCCCAGCUGAUACUCCCCUAGUACUGUACGAGGAAAUCAAACCCGACUUCGUGGAGAAGAUCAACAAUUACAACGAUCCUCUAGAAAAGGCUUUGGACGAACUGAUGGAUGGCGACAUCAUCGUGUUCGAGCGAGCCGACCAUCGGCACGAGGAGCUCGAGCUGCCUACCUGCCAGGACUACUUCAAGUACAUCUUCUACAAGGUCGAGGUGCAGUUUGUGGAUAAGACGCUACCCAAUGAUCCGGGAUUCACAAUGGAGUUGUCUAUGCAAAUGCGUUAUGAGCAGAUGGCGAGAGCAGUCGGCCAACGGCUCAACGUCGACCCUUACUUAAUACAGUUCUUCAAGUGUCAGAAUUACAAGGAUACGCCCGGUCUGCCGCUGCGGUACUCCUACGACGGCAUACUGAAGGACCUGCUAGUGUACUGUAAACCAAAGUGCCCUAAGAAAUUGUUCUACCAGAUUUUAUCUAUUAAAGUUAACGAAUUGGACAAUAAGAAACAGUUCAAAUGUUUAUGGGUUGGUCCUAAUUAUAAAGAAGAUAAAGAAUUAAUUUUAUAUCCAAACAAAGGCGGCAAAGUAGCAGACAUAUUAGAAGAAGCGGCUAAAGUUGUUGAAAUGUCUCCCGACGGGUCGGGCCGAUUACGGAUCGUUGAGGUGUCGUGUCACAAAGUGUUGCCUGGGCCCGACCCCGAGCUGACGCUCGACCAGGUCACCAUAGCGCCGCCCAGACUCUACAGAAUAGAGGAGAUACCUCAGGACGAGUUGAAUCUACAGGAGGACGAGGCGUUAGUGCCGUGCGCUCACUUCCACAAGCAGGUGUACGCGACGUUCGGUAUCCCGUUCUACACGCGCGUGAAGCACCUCGAGCCGUUCCAGGCCGUUAAAGACCGGCUGCAGGCUAAGCUCGACAUACCCAACAAGGAGUGGGAAAAGUACAAUUUCGCUAUAGUGACAAAUGGCAGACCUAACUACAUAAGUGAAGGAGCGACAAUAAACAUAUUCGACUUCAGGCCGAGUAGUAACGCAAAUGCGACGGGGCGGCCGUGGCUGGGGCUGGACCACAUCAACAAGACACCGAAGCGCUCGCGCGUCAACUACCUGGAGAAGGCCAUCAAGAUCUACAACUGAGCGUGCGCCGCCCCCCACCCCCCCCGCCUCCCCGCGCCGCCGCCGGGACCGCGCUAGGGCCCCGAUACUUAUGUAAAUACGAUUUACUUUCGUUACCGACUUUGUCUGUUAUCUAUUUAUGACGUUUGGAAGCAGAUCGAUAUAAUUUCCAUAUUUUUGCAAUGCGGUGGAGUCCAUGUUUUAUACAUUAGUAGAUUAGACCAUAUUGUAUGUACAUAUUUUGUAAUUUUAAAACGCAUAUUUAUAUGGGCCCUAGACGUAACCGUUUUCCGAGUGAAUGUAACUUAGCGCCGGGCGCUAUCACAGGCUCCUGAACUAAUAUAUGAGCGACACAAAUCAAGCAUAAA